GGCAGAAAUAGUAAUUCUCUCUGACCAAAGUUUGACACUUUGGAAAAGUAAAUUCUCUCUCUGUCUCCGUCACUCGCUACGGAUAGAGGUGAAGUGCACUCGCAAACACGGCUGCCCACAAUCGCUUAGAUACAGACAGAGUCGUGUAUGAUGUGGGCAUGGGCUCUCUUCCCCAUCCUUCUUAUGAUCACUGCCGCGGGAGGCUUUUGGACGGUGUUUGGUAUGGCUGUGGUGAAUGGAGCGGUCAAUCUCACCGUGGAGUUUCCCUACAUCAGUACCUGUGGCGCAUACCCUCCGCAAAGUUGCCUCUUCAGUCAAGUGAUGAACAUCGGGGCUUUCUUGGUUACCUGGGUCUGUGUCAUCAGAUACCAGCAGAUCAGAGAUUUGGGCUGUCACUCGCAUCUGAACACAGUCAGUCUGGUGACCGGUUGCUUGUCCGCUCUGGGGGCAACCCUGGUCGGGAAUUUCCAGACCAUCGCCGAGAUUCACGUCCACUUGGCUGGGGCUUUCCUCUCCUUCUUUAUUGGGACGUUGUACUUCUGGCUUCAGGUGGGCCUGACCUACCAGGUAAAACCCAGGCAUGGAGGCAAAUGGUGUGGCCCGGUGAGGAUAAUCUGCUGUCUCGCAUGUACAGCAAGUCUUGCCUCGAUGCUGUGGCUCCAUGUGUCUGGGAUGAGAAGUGCGGCCGCCAUUUGCGAGUGGGUGGCAGGGAUGGUGCUGCUUCUCCUCUUCGGUCUGUUCGCCGUGGAUUUCCGACACGUCGACGGACACUAUUUCCACGUGCAACGAAACCCGGUGGUGAUCCAGAACUCGACCACCACACUGGAACUCUAGCAGAGAGAGAGAGGGAGAGCGC